UUAUGACCAUUAUGACAUUGGUGAAUUAGGUACCUACUUGUAUAUUUAUAAUAUUUACGACGGAAAAUUUGCUUAUCACUAUUUCGAUUUCAAAUGUUUUAAUACAUACAAACCUGUUUCAUCUUCCUCAGUUAAUGAAAAUUGUAAUUUUCUAUUUCAAUUUAUUCGUUUUUAGUAACGCGAGAGGCGACUGACUAGUUGUUUUAUUUCAUCUAUUACUACACAGUCUAGUUACUAGUAAAGAUCUCCGCGUAUACACUACGCAGUACACUAAGAACUGUAAUAGUGGCUACUGAUUAUUUUUUUACAAUUCUAUUCCCACCUACAUUAGGUAGAUAGUUUCUUAUCCAUGGCUCAUAAUCACUGCCAUCAUGAACAUGAUCACCAAGGCGAUGUCAACGAAAUUGGUUUUCAGUACAAUCUAUUUGAAAAAAUUGAUAAAGAAAAUUUACAAUGUUUGAAUGAAAGUGUUGAAGGUUCUGGUAAAACUGUUUUCAAAUCUUGGGAAAAUCGUUUGGAUCGAAGUCUUUUUGUGGAGAGUGAUGCAGAUGAAGAAUUGCUUUUUAACAUCCCUUUCACGGGUAACAUUAAAUUAAAGGGUAUUAAAGUGUCAUCAGAGAACACUGAUUCACAUCCUGCAGAAUUAAGGCUGUUUAAAAACAAGCCUAAUAUGACGUUUGAUGAAGUUACUUUACCACCUGAUCAAGUAUUUGAGCUACAGAAGGAUAGUGAAGGAGUACUUGAAUAUAAUCCUAAAAUAGUUACUUUUUCAUCGGUGUCACAUUUAACAAUGCAUUUUCCUCGUAAUUUCGGUGCCGACACUACAAAAAUUUAUUAUAUUGGAUUAAAGGGAGAAUGGACACCAGGACACAGACACGGCGUUACCAUAUGCUCUUACGAAGUUAUGCCUAACCUUGAUGAUCAUAAAUUGAAACAUUUAGAUUCUGUUUCAAGGACAAUUGAGUAAAAUAAACCUUGUUUAUAACUCGAA